AGAUUAGUUGUUAUUUAGUCUGUUAUUUAGUCUGUGUGGGACUCAACUAUUCUACAACAAUAUAUAGUCAGUGUAACAUAAAUAAGCAAUAAUUAUAUUUUAUAUAAGUUUAAAGGGAAACCAGAGAUAUAUUUUAUAUAAGUUAAAAUGGCUCAACGAGAACGCCGGGCUAAUGCCGGCAAUCGUAUGGCAAAGUUGCUUGACGAGGAGGAAGAAGACGAUUUCUAUAAAACCACUUACGGUGGUUUCCAAGAUGAAGAAGAAGAUCGAGAGUAUAUAGAAGAAAAAGAAACUGAAGAUGUAGUAGACUCCGAUUUUGAUAUUGAUGAAAAUGAUGAACCAGUUUCGGAUCAAGAGGACGAAGCAAAGGAAAAACGUAAAGUUAAUGCUAAAGCUUAUAAGGACCCAAAUAGAAAAAAGAAAGUAGAAAAAGUAAAGAAAGUUGUACCUAAAAAACCAAGAGAACCAAAACCCAAGGAUGAAACGGAAAAAACUGAAAAGACUGAGAAAUCAUUCAUUGACACUUCCAUAGAAAGAAAAUCAAUACGGCAAAGUACAGCUGUUAAAUCAGCAGAAACACAGCAGAGAAUCAAAAUUCGAUCGGAACUUAAAAAGAAAAAACCAAAAAAGGUGGAAGAGAAAGUUCUUACACAGGAAGAAUUACUUGAAGAGGCGCUUAUAACUGAAAAAGAAAAUCUUAAAAGUCUUGAAAGAUUUGAGCAAAGUGAAUUAGAGAGGAAAAAGAUUCGACCAAUCAAGAAAUCAAUCACAGGACCAGUUAUACGGUAUCACUCAUUUUCAGUACCUCUUAUAACAGAAGUAACACCUGAGGACAAACCUUGUCUGACACCAAUCCCGGAACUAAAUCUCAGUGAUCUAAUAAAGAGUGAAGAAGGUUUACUAACAGAUGACAUCAAUGACACAAACACACCAACCGAACCUAAAACUGAAGCAGAUGAACAACGGGCAGAAACUAGUAAAAUGGACGUUGACGUUCUAGGACCGGACGAUGAAAUCAGUAUUGAAAAUGUAACUAUGAAAGAAGAAAAACCUAUAAAGGCGAAAGAAAAUAUAAAAUAUCACGAGAGAACAUUAAUUUCAUUUGAAAACGAUAUCAAAGAUGAAGCUUUCAAUGCUUGUUUCCCACAAAGAAAACCAAAGAGAAGACGAGAGUUACUAUGUGCCGUUACUAAACGACCAGCUCGCUACAUAGAUCCUAUAACGAAAUUACCAUACAGAAGUGUUGAUGCUUUCCGUAUAAUAAGAGAAGCAUAUUGUCAACAAUUAGAAGCAAGGGGUGACCGAAAUGAUCCUAAAUUGACCGCAUGGCUGAAAGCGAGAAGAGCCCAAACAGCCUCAUCUUACGUACAAAUACAUAUUAAAUAAGAUUAAUAAAUAUAGAUAAUAUA